AUGACAUCAUCAUCCAUGACUGAAAAUGAAAUUAAACAUGCAAUGAAUAUUAUUGAAGAAAUAUCUAAUUUAGUGUACACGACUGAACAAGCCAUCAACAAGAUACAGGAGUCGGUGGCAAUCAUACCCGAUAUUGAAUCAUUGAAAUUUAACAUUGAUGAAGGGUUGAAAUUGUCGUCGGAAAAGAUGGAUCAACUGGAAUUGUAUUGUGAAGAAAAGAUUAAAGAUCCAUCAGUGGAUCAUCAUUUGGAGACUUGCUAUGGCCGAAUUUUGGGAAGAUUACCACAACUGAAGAAACAAGUGUUGACUUUAAAAGUAACUCUUCGAAAGGCAGUACAAGUAUACAAUAACAAGGAACAAGAAAUGUCAAUUAAAAAGGGUAAAUUAUUAGGAUCAUCGUCAGAAGAGAGGAAGACGACGUUAAAAUCAAAUCAAAGCGGAAAACACCAAUCACGACAAUCACGAAAAAUUACUGACUCUCUCAAACGAACCAAAGCCAUUAUAGCACAAAAUAUAGAAAGAACGUCCAAUUCCAUGGAACAACUUUCGGAGCAAUCAAGUGUAUUUCAAAAGGCUGUAAAGUCACAAGAUGAGUAUCAAGACAAGGUAAAUCAGAGCACCAAAUAA